UGCGUCUAUCUUUGCUUUUGGUGCUAGCUGGACAGUUAGCUAGCUAGCCAAAGAAAUUCUAGAUUAAAGUUAUCAACACGUUUCUCAUUCGGUAUCUAAAUCAAACCUACCGCCAAAAUGAAAGAUGUUACCGGGUACCUCAAAACGCAACAGAGCAUGAGCUCCACUCCAGAGAUGGCAUCGGAAUGGCACACACUAGAGGAGUUUUACAACAAAAAGUUGUGGCAUCAGCUGACCCUAAAGCUCACAGACUUUGUAAAAGACCCUUGCUUCGCCAAAGGAGAUGGCCUCAUACAGCUGUACGAAAACUUCCUCAGUGACUUUGACCACAGAAUCAACCCACUGUCUCUGGUGGAGAUCAUCCUGUAUGUUACCAGACAGAUGACAGAUCCUAAAGAUGCUAUCACCUUCCUCGAGAAGACUAAGGAGAAGGUGAAGAGCAAUGACGAGUCAGUCAUUCUGUGCAAGACAUCCAUUGGAGCCCUUAAACUGGAGAUAAAUGACCUUCCAGCCACAAAGAUAUUAAUUGAGGAGGUGGAGGAGACGCUGAAUAACUUGCCCGGGGUGACGUCAGUCCACGGGCGAUUCUACGACCUGUCCAGCAAAUACUACCGCAUCGUGGGGAACCAUGCCUCUUACUACAAGGACGCUCUGCGCUACCUCGGCUGUGUCGACAUCAAAGACCUGCCAGAGACAGAGAAGCAGGAGAGGGCUUUCACUCUGGGUCUGGCUGGACUCUUAGGAGAGGGAGUUUACAACUUCGGAGAGCUGCUGAUGCACCCAGUACUGGAGUCCCUAAGGAGCACAGACAAGCAGUGGCUGAUAGACACCCUGUACGCCUUCAACGGAGGCAACGUGGAGAAGUUCCAGGCCUACAAGUCUGCCUGGGGAGCGCAGCCUGACCUGGCAGCCAAUGAAGCCAAACUGAUGCAGAAGAUUCAGCUGCUUUGUGUGAUGGAGAUGACGUUCACCCGUCCCGCUAACAACAGACAGCUGAGCUUCCAUGAGAUUGGACAGAGUGCCAAGAUCCCCGUCAACGAGGUGGAGCUGCUAGUGAUGAAGGCUCUGUCUGUGGGUCUGAUCAAAGGAAACAUUGAUGAGGUGGACCAGAAGGUUCAGAUGACCUGGGUGCAGCCCCGAGUACUGGACCUGCAGCAGAUCAAGGGCAUGAAGGACCGGUUGGACCUGUGGUGUGGAGAUGUGAAGAACAUGGCUGUGUUGGUGGAACAGCAGGCCCACGAUAUCCUCACCUAGACAUGCCUCCUCCCUCUGGUCUCCCCCCUGGUCUCUCUGGCCCUGUCCAGAACAACCCCCUAACCUCUAGACACUUGUAGAGAUCAGAGAGGAUUUGAUUGGUUUAAGCAAUAUGAUGAUAGUACCUUGUCCUCUGAUAGGCUAGGUGGAGUUUUGGCCAUGUUGCUUACACCAAUCCAAUCCUCUCUGAUCCUUCACAAGGGUCUAAGGUGUAGGUGCAAGGAAUGUUCUUCUGGACAGGGCCCUUCUCCCAGCCUGUUCACCCCCUAGAAUGGCCACCUUCAGCAGGCAUACCACCACCACAGGAGUCCCCUCUCUUCAUUCCUCUACCUACCUAUCUCCCAGGAGGACUGAUGCAUCCAGCUUUUUCAGUUUUUGUAAUUUGUAUUUUUUUGUUGGGGUGCCAUGUAUGUUCUUCAUGUUUUACUGUAACCAUUUAUAUCCUAAUGGUAGUAAAUAAAAUUAAAAUAUAACAUUGUU